CGUCUCGGGCUCUGCCCCUGCGGGUCCGCGCAGCGCAUUCACCCGGAACUCCGGCUCACGCACGGACUUCUGCUGAGAGCCGUGAUCAUCUGCACUUCGACCAGCUUCAGCUGCAACCUCAAGGAGUUUGUUAAAGGUUCAUCAUGGGAAGCAAGCUCAGCAGAAGGAGAGAGGCCCCUGUCAGCAGUGCUGUAGCUGUGAUCGAUGAACAGAAGAAUGCAGCGGAACCAGCAGCACCUCAACCAGCAGCAGACUCCGGGAUGAAACAGGAGGUUGUCAGGGCAGAGGACCUGGAUGUGCUGGUAGAAGAACCGCCAAAAGAUGAAUGUGCAUCAGAGGUUAACGAGACAGGAAGUCCUGCCGCCUUGGUCCCAACAGAGGAUACAGAGGCAGAGCUGAUAGCAAAGGAAACGCAAGCUCCAGCGCAGCCCGAACCUCUUGUCUCAGACGCAAAUCCUCCAGAACCAGAAUCGUUUGCACAACCAAAAGCUAACGCUACAGAGGAAGCUGAAGCUCAAGAUGCUUUAACCCCAGAGGAUGUUUCAGAGGAGUCAAAGGCAGACACUGACCCCAUCUCUGAGCCUGGGCCAACGCCAGCGAAGGCUGAAGAGCAGCACAAAGACCAAGAACCUCUAGCUGAUUUGCUUCUCUCUUCACCUCCACUGAUUGACUUUGUCCCUGACGUGACUUCCUCAGCAACCACCGUCCCUACCGAUCCAGAUGAGUCAUCAAAUAUUUCGGCAAGUGAGCAAAGUUUUACAGCAGAGCCAGAAAAGUUUACUUCAGACAUUCUGGAGAAGUCAACCGGGGCGGAGGCCGAAGAGGGCCUGAAGACGCUCGGGAGUGAUGUCAACGUGGAAAAUGUAAGCGAACUACUACAAGACUUCGGGCUAAAAGAAAACCUACUCGGUGACAUCAUCCCAAGGCAAGUCUAGAUCCCGGAUGACACUCCCAUCACAGACAUGAGCACAUCCACGGAGUUGAUGUGAAUCCCACCAAAGGCCCUCCUUGAGUCAAGCAAAAAGGGCGUUAUUCUGUAAAAGCUUCUUCUAAAUGGGUCAACGAACACUUUCUUUGUUUCCUCCUCCCAAAUGUCCUUAA